GGAGCUGUGCCUCUGCCAACCUCCAGCCACCAGCUGCAGGAGAAGCAGGUGUUGGGAAGAUGAGCCGGUUCCCAGUGGAUGUGAAAGCUGUAGGCUUGAUGCAAUGCAGAAAGCAGAAGAAGUACAUGAUGUUUGUGUCCUGGUCAGAUCAAAACAACAUUCUCAUCUACCGGACAUUUGAAGAAUUUAAGAGGCUCCACAAAGAGCUGAAGAGAAAAUUCCCCAUUGAGAGUGGAUCACUCAGGAGAUCUGACAGGACUAUACCCAAGUUUAAAGAUGCAAAUGUGAAGCAGAGGAAGAUGAACAAGUUCCUGGAGAGACUGAAAUUGCUGGAAACGUACUCCCAGGAACUGCUGAAAACGGAUGCUAAGAUCUCCCAGAGUGAAGAUCUGAUUCAGUUUUUCAGGGCGCAAACCCAAGACCUAGAUCCUUGCUUUCCUGAAGACAGUGUUGUGAUCAUGCCUUCAGAAAUUGGAGGGGAAAAGAAAAAGCAAGUGCAGCAGCAGCUCUCUAUUACACACCCCCAGGCAUCUCAGAGCUACAGAUGCAUCGAAACCUUUGAAACCAAAGACACAAAGAACCAGGCUUUCAAAGUCGCUCAGAAGGAAAUUGUUGAAGUGUUACUCAAGGACAUGACUGGUUGGUGGCUGGUGGAAAAUGCAGACAAGCAGUUAGCCUGGUUCCCAGCCUCGUACCUGGAGGAGAUCGACGUCCACGAGGACAUCCAGGAUGCCUUGAGCUCGAACGAGGAGGGCAGCCUCUAUUUCGUUAUGCGGGCCUACGAGUCGCAGAAGGCAGACGAGCUCUCUCUCAACAGCGGGGUGGUCGUGGAGGUGGUCAGGAAGUCCGACAACGGCUGGUGGCUGAUCCGAUACAACGGGCGGACCGGCUACAUGCCCUCCAUGUGCCUCCAGCCCUACAAGAACCCUCACCACAGGCUGCAGACCAUCAUGAACUGCGGCCUCAACAUCUCCACGCCCAACCUCUGCUCCUCCCCGCCGGCCCCCCAGCCCCAGGGCAAGGCGAGGGGAGGCAGCGUGGUGCGGGACCGCGCUUCCCAGGACCGGAGCGAUGAGGACGUGAGCUCUUUGAGAAGCAGAUCGAGAUCCACGCCGGACCUGGAGUCGGACAGCUCCUCGCUCAGCUCGGGCAGCGGGCUGAGCUGGAAGCCCGACUUGUCACGGUCUCUGCCCGAGGUGGAGCAGGCCAGGAGCCCCCGCCUGGGGAACACCUCGGCCACGCACAGCAGCAAAUCUCCACACCUCACCCACAAGGACAGGAACGAUUCUGGCUUUGUGGAGCCAUCUGCCGCCGAUCUCAGUUGCUCCUUCGCUGACUCAGACACAGCUGCUGGCACCCCCAAGGUGCCCGUGCGCCCCUCGGCCCGCGAGAUCCUCCAGAGGUGCAGCACGGUCACAAAGCGAGCCCUGCAGCAGUCCGCCCCCCGGCCAGCCCUCCAGGCCUUGUACCCGCUCCCCAAUGUGCGCUAGCAGGGCCCCGGACCCCAAUGGACCCUUGCCCAGUCCUGCAGGAACCACAUCAGUGCUGGGGACCACCACGUUUCAAGGACACUGCUAGGUCCCGACGGAGCAGGCUUGCAGCCACUGCUUCACUAGGUUACCACUGGCUCAUGCUGCAGCACAGGAGGGCCAGGAUCAAGCGGUUUAACUAGGGCAUGCCGCUGCUACCAGGAGAGCCACAGCAGCUGGGGUACCAGCACCUCCUGUGUAACUCAGGUCACUUUGGACUGAGGUAGUUCUCCCUCAGGCACGUAUUUAUCCUCCAGCAUGGUUUGUGAAAAUGUCAUGAUUUUCUUUCUUUAU